CGAUAUCGCAAGCGGCCUCAGCGCUCCGCUCACACCUAUUUUGUUUCCCCGCCGUCGGGCGGCCAUGUUGCCCGAUGCGCCGCGCUGCCGUCCGCACAAACCCGCCAGUUUCACGCGGGCAUCAUCGAGAGGCGCAUUACCGCGCACGUACACAUAGCGCCCGCACGAAAGACCCGCACGCGAGACAAACUAUCGUUCCGCCGCGUAUUAUUUUUAUAUUGUUUUUAAAAUGGUUCGGACCAAGGAUGGGGACGGGAUCAAAAGUAGUCUCAUUAUAACUGAAGUGAAGAAGAGACCGUGCUUAUUUGACACCAAUGAUCCCAACUACGGAGACAGGGCAGAGAAGGCGAGAAGCUGGGAAGAAGUGUGCAGUUGUGUCGUACCCGGCUGGGCUGCGCUCGGGCCGCCUGAGAAGUUUGCGGCCGGUAAAGAGGUACAAAAAAGAUGGCGGUCGAUCCGCGACUCCUACACAAAGACAUACAGACAAGGCAAGUGUGUGCUGCCCGAACAGUGCCCUCCUGGAAGCAGACGGUACCAGUACCAUCACCAGAUGUCUUUCUUAUUGAAAGCUUUGCAGAACAAAAAACCGAGAUAUUCGCAAGACAAAUAUGAAUCAUUCUCGGAAAUUUCAAACUCGCCGCAACAUCCACCACCAGAAGAUAUCCCGAAAAUCAAAAACGAAACUAUGGACAAACCACUGGACCUCAAAACUAAACCAGAAGAAAGACCAGAGACACAAGACAAGUGCAACCAAGCAGACUGCAUAGAUAAACCAAAUUCUCUAGAAAUCAAAAUAGACGCCAACUCUAUACUUCCAGAAGACCAUUUUGAUGACGAUCGAUUGUUCAUGAAUUCAUUAAUACCAUUAUUCAAAAAAAUGAACGAUGAUACAAGGUUACUGUGCAGGAUUGAAGUUCUGAAGAUAAUCAGAUACGCAUUACAAGGUCACAAGUGUUUUGAGGCUCUCAAAGUGGCUGAAGAUUCGUUUGUAAAGGACAGAUUGAGUAAUAUACUGUCUAAAGACGAGAGCAACGUGUCUACGAGUACACAGAAGAGUCCGGAGUCCAAAUUGGCAAUGACUACCAGAUCAGCUGAUGGUAGCCGACCUGUCAGAAAACGAAGGGCUCGUUCGCCAUCACCAUUGCCGGUGCCAACGAAAAAGAGGGGGCCAGGGCGUCCCAGAAAGAUAAGGCCGCCCCCCUCAGAUUCUGACGAAGAACAGACAGCGAAGAAACGCCUGCCGAAGCUGAAAGUGUGCGAGUCUCCGUGCGAGGAGGACUCCUACAGCCACGUCACGAGCGUCGCACAACUCUCCACUCCAAUGUUCAUGAAGAUAUACAACUUGGAGAGGUCCAAAAUCGCUCCCGCCUUACCGACGACGCCACCCAUCCAAGUAUCAAUAAAAACAGAACCCGUAGAUCCGGAACCACAACCCAGCUAAGCGAACACAACCUAUUUCAUAUUUAUAAAGGUAACAUCAUCAAACGCCAAUCAGAAUGCAGAAAUAUCACGCGACAAUGGCCAUAAGCCAAUGAAAGCGUACUAUUUUUCUAAGUAUCAAGUAGGCUUUACGAUACUUUAAGUAUGUAUGUAUAAUCUGUGGUUUUUAUAACCUCAACUGUCAAAGAAUUUAUAAUGUUGAUUGAUACAGGUAUACCUACGCGCCUUUUUCUCUUGAUUUUUU